AGACUCCCGCCGUUGUUUGAGCCUGGUGCCUUUGGCGGACCUCACAGAAUACCAAGGGCUCUGGGUUCCAGUCUUGCUUGGUUGGGCCGGAUAGGGAGGGAAGGCAGGCAAGGAUGAAGGCGCUGAUCCUGGUGGGGGGCUAUGGCACGCGGCUGCGGCCCCUGACCCUCAGCACCCCCAAGCCGCUGGUCGAAUUCUGUAACAAGCCCAUCCUGUUGCACCAGGUGGAGGCCUUGGUGAAGGCAGGUGUAAACCAUGUGAUCCUUGCUGUCAGCUAUAUGUCUGAAUUGCUGGAGAAGGAAAUGAAAGAACAAGAGCAAAGGUUGGGCAUUCACAUUUCCCUAUCACAUGAGAAGGAACCACUGGGUACAGCUGGCCCCCUGGCACUAGCGCGGGAGCUGUUGACUGAGAAUUCAGAACCCUUUUUUGUUCUCAACAGCGAUGUGAUCUGUGACUUCCCCUUCACAGACAUGAUGCACUUCCACAGGCAUCAUGGGAAAGAGGGCACCAUUGUGGUGACAAAAGUGGAGGAGCCCUCCAAAUAUGGUGUAGUGGUGUGUGAUGCAGAUACUGGGCGGAUACACCGCUUUGUGGAGAAACCUCAAGUUUUUGUCUCCAACAAGAUCAACGCCGGCAUGUACAUCUUAAACCCGAGUGUGCUAGAGCGGAUCCAGCUGCGGCCUACCUCGAUUGAGAAGGAGAUCUUCCCAGUGAUGGCAGAGCAAGGGCAACUCUAUGCCAUGGAACUACAGGGGUUCUGGAUGGACAUUGGGCAGCCCAAAGACUUCCUGACUGGCAUGUGCAUGUAUCUGCAAUCUCUGCGGCUGAAACAGCCCGAGCGGCUGUACUCAGGACCAGGCUUCAUGGGGAACGUACUAGUGGAUCCAAGUGCCAAGAUUGGAUCAAACUGCAGUAUUGGACCCAAUGUCACCAUUGGAGCAGGAGUGGUGGUAGAGGAUGGGGUUCGGAUCAAGCGUUGCACGGUUCUGAAGGGGUCGCGCAUCCGUUCCCAUUCCUGGCUGGAGUCUUGUAUUGUGGGCUGGAGCUCCUCUGUUGGCCAGUGGGUGCGGAUGGAGAAUGUGACAGUACUGGGUGAAGAUGUCAUUGUGAAUGAUGAGCUCUACCUCAAUGGUGCCAAUGUGCUGCCUCACAAAUCCAUUGCAGAGUCAGUUCCAGAGCCACGCAUCAUCAUGUAGCAGUUCUGGGUGUUGAGUGCUGGGCCAACUAAUAGGGCCAUCCCUGCCUUGCCCUCUCCUUGGGGUAUCCCCACCCUGUGUGCCUUGGCAGCAGGAGCUGGUUGCUGAAUUUUCAACUCAAGUUUUCUCUGAAUUAAAACACUUACUUUGCCCCUACUGCUCACCUCUAGCCCUUUGCUGGCAUCGUAGGAGAGCAGCAAGACAAAGACAUGCAUAUGGUAACUGGACCAGAAUCGUGCUUUGGGACAGGGGUAGGAUAGGACGACCUGGUGAAGGCUCCAGCUUUGUCCUGCUGCACAGGCCAGUGCCCUGGUUUGGAAAGUGUCCACAAUUUGCAACGGAGAAAUGAUCGGCUCGUGCUAUAAACUCUGAGGUUCUGCUGUAAUUCGGCUGCUCUAAAAGAACAAGCCCAGGUACGCCUGGGGAGGGGAAUGCACAGCAUGUUGUGCUGUUAUUUCAGGGUGGUGUUUGCUGCUCCCAUAUAGCACACGGGGAACACAGAAUACAGUGCUCUCCUAUGGAACUUGACUGCCUUACAGAAACUGACUCCCUUCCUUCCAUAUGGCCAAUAAUCAACCACUGUAUUAUUCAAGAACUCUGUUACGUAAUGAAAACAAAUGAAAUUAUAUUAUAUUGUAAUGAA